CUCGUUGGUUUAGAUCUUGAUUCUACGGCAAUAUCUGUCAAUUUUUCUACUAAUGAAGUCUCAAAUACUUCUGAAAACUGUGUUGGUACCGCCAGUCCAGUAGCUGCGGUCCAGGCAGCUAGCUUUGUAUCGCAGACUUCCUCAAGUGAAGACUCUUCAAUUGAUUCCAAUGUGGCAGGUUGUGCACGUUCAGGCAGCCGAUCCGAUCCAGACACAAGUUUGCAUCGUUUAGAUUGUAUUGGUUGCGCAACUCAAAAUCAUUUGACCUUCUUCGAUAGUCCCCUUGGCUUAGCUGAGGCUGUGGUUCGGGCCGGAAGAAGAAUAAUCGCUGCUACCAUGUGUGAACAGAAUAGGGAAACUCGACGUCAUGUCAAAAAGCAAUCUAAUGGCUGUGGUGGUGGGAUCGAAACAGUGGAAUCCCGCAGAGCACAGCUUCCUCGCCACUCUCGUAAGAUGAGCGUCCCUUUAAUCAACUUUCUUUCAUCCAGCUCGGCGAACACGACCAAAAGUGGUGGCUCCUCAGAGGCGGCUACUUCUCCUGCUAAAUUGGAAUGA